CCUAGGAAACGCAAAUUCGCUAAUGGUAGAGAUGGCGACCAGGAUGUCAUGUGCUAACGUUACCUAGCCAAAGCGACGUUUUUUAAAAUUAUCAAUCGGAUGAAGAGUUCACCAUAUUGAUUCCACACAAGCUGAAUAACCAGACACUAUGGAGGAACCGUGGGAUUUUGAGUUUUUGUCCCGCAUCGCUGACAGCUGCUUGUCGUUCCUAUCCGAAUUUGUUGACGACUGGCUCGCCAACGAUAUGAGAGUCUCCAUAUUCAAAAUCUUACUCAGCUGGUUAAUUUUUAGUCUUGUCGCAAUUCACUUUGCAUGGAAAGUAUACGGGAAUACAGUCAACGAUAUGUAUUAUCGACAAGGGACUGGACAGAACGGAGGCACACCUGAUACAGCACCUCACCUCAGUGGAUGGGAAAGUAAAGCAGGAGAUCCCCCCAAGACUCAUCGAGAUUAACAGGACAAUGGUGUUGGACUUUGGUCUUAAUCCAAGUGAGAGCUGGACUCCUGUGUUUUGCUUAUCAUAAAGCAUCUUCAGUGCAUUCAAGAUGCAUGCACCUUCUGGUGACUGCCCAGAGAAACAUCUUUUAUGCAUACCAACAGUGUCAUACUGAUAUCCACUACAUCAACUAGUAAUGUGAGCUAUUUAUUUUGGCUUGUCAACAUUUGUCAUUGAGCAGAACUUUACUCCACAUACAUAACAUUUUUUGCUUUGGUCCCCUUUUUUCCCCUAUGAGGCUUCAGUACAAAUGUGACAAAUAUUGCUGGGUUUGUGUGUAAAUGAAGGUUGCUUUAAGAACACUGUGAUGAUAACAGACAUAAAAAUGUUCCAUUCUGACCAUGAGCAAAAUAAUUGGACUUGAUUUGAAUGAUGAAAGGAACAAUAGAAUGUAUUUUUCAAGUCUUUUGAAAUACAGGUCCAUGAAAAUCAGUUCAUAUCUUUCAUCUUCCACGAUUUUUGUGUUUUUUUAACUGCUGUUUUUCCAUAACAUACUGUAUAAGGAGCAUUAUUUGCACUUAAUGAGUGAUACAGAGUGCCUGUCUAGAGUAUUCACCCCCCAUUUGACUUUGUCCUGUUUCAACAUUGACUCACAGCAAUCUCUUGUGUCAAAGUGAAAACAAAUCUUUACAACUAAUCAAAAUUAGAUUCAAUUAAUGACACACCUUAUAUGCACACUUUGAAUGAAAACCACCUGUGUAAUCAAGGUGUGACAGAUCAUUUUAAAUUAUGUAUCUGAAAGGAUCAGCAUGGUGGCACUUCGUGGGGGUGCUUCUGUACAGCAGACCAUAGUGGCUUUUCAUGGUAGAGGGUAAAAUAAAUGCCAAAAUACAUUGAUACUUGAGGUUUAAUAUUUUUAUAUAUUUGUGCUUAUCAAUUUGUUUUACUUUGACAUUAGUUUAUGUUAAUGUGUCAAAAAAGAGUAGUUAACUGGGAUUUAAUGUAAAAUAAGAUAUAUGAAAAAGUCAAAGGGGGGUUGAAUACUUUGUGUGCAUUGUAUGAGCCUCCUUACAGUUAUAAUGCUGUUAUAAUGGCAAAGACAAGUCGGUAAUACAAGACAAUGCACUGCAGUGUGUAUUUACAGAAAGAUUUUAUGUUGUACAUAGUCCUUGUCAAAUGAACUAAACAAAACCAUCAGCAUAUUUUAGGUACCUGAAGAGACCAGCGGCAAAGCAUGAAGAUAAUACAAAUGCAAGUUUUGUUUAAAUAGCUUGAUUGAUAUUAAAUGUGUUGUUUUUUUGAAA